GUUAAAUAGAGACAAACCCCCGCCAUUUUUCCUCCAUUGCUUCCUCUUCUCUUCUUUGCUCUCCUUUAUCGCCAUAGCAAACGCAUUGUUCUUCUGUUACUUCCACACCCUAUUCCCCUCUUCUUGCUUUCUUCACUUCUUUCUACUUCAUUUCUGGCUUCAGAAAUUCACAAUCGCUCUCUUUUUGGGAUUUCUGUUGUUCAUCCAAGGUUAAGUUUCAGGGGAAAACAUGGCAAGGGAACAACUGCAUGUGCUUAAUGCACUUGAUGUGGCCAAAACACAAUGGUACCAUUUCACUGCAAUAGUGAUUGCUGGCAUGGGUUUUUUUACUGAUGCCUAUGAUCUUUUCUGUAUCUCCCUUGUGACCAAAUUGUUAGGCAGAAUCUAUUACUACAAGGAAGGUUCUACUUCUCCUGGAUCUUUGCCAUCAAACGUCUCAGCUGCUGUUAAUGGUGUUGCUUUCUGUGGCACCCUUGCAGGCCAGCUCUUCUUUGGCUGGCUUGGUGAUAAAAUGGGCAGAAAACGUGUCUAUGGGAUGACAUUGAUGCUAAUGGUCAUUUCCUCCAUUGCCUCAGGCCUCUCUUUUGGCAAAGCUCCUACUGCUGUCAUGUCUACCCUCUGUUUCUUCCGUUUCUGGCUCGGUUUUGGGAUCGGUGGUGACUACCCACUUUCUGCCACAAUCAUGUCUGAAUAUGCUAAUAAAAAGACUCGCGGGGCUUUCAUUGCUGCUGUUUUUGCCAUGCAAGGUUUUGGGAUCUUGGCUGGUGGGAUGGUUGCUAUUAUAAUUUCUGCAGCGUUCAAGGCCAAAUAUCCUGCCCAAUCUUAUCAAAAUGAUCCAGUUGGCUCCACUGUACCCGAAGCUGAUUAUGUUUGGAGGGUUAUCUUGAUGUUUGGUGCAAUCCCUGCUGCAGUUACUUAUUACUGGCGCAUGAAGAUGCCUGAAACUGCACGAUACACUGCUUUAGUCGCAAAGAAUGCCAAACAGGCUGCAUCUGAUAUGGCAAAAGUGCUUCAGGUUGAUUUGGAGGUAGAUAUUGAGAAAAUUGAGCAGUCUGGAGGAAAUAAUUUUGGUCUGUUCUCUAAGGAAUUUGUUCGUCGCCAUGGACUUCACUUGCUCGGAACCACUAGCACUUGGUUCUUGUUGGACAUAGCAUUCUACAGCCAGAAUCUGUUUCAGAAAGAUAUUUUCAGUGCUAUUGGGUGGAUUCCCCAGGCCAAAACCAUGAAUGCCUUGGAAGAGGUCUACAGAAUUGGUAGAGCACAAACUCUGAUUGCUCUUUGCAGCUCGGUUCCUGGGUAUUGGUUCACAGUUGCACUAAUUGACGUAAUAGGAAGGUUUGCAAUUCAAUUGAUGGGAUUCUUCUUCAUGACAGUGUUCAUGUUUGCUUUGGCAAUACCUUACCAUCAUUGGACCCUACCAGACAACCGAAUUGGAUUCGUUAUCAUGUACUCAUUAACCUUCUUCUUCUCCAAUUUUGGUCCAAAUGCCACCACAUUUGUGGUGCCUGCAGAGAUUUUCCCAGCAAGGUUAAGGUCUACCUGCCAUGGAAUAUCAGCUGCAUCUGGCAAGGCAGGGGCAAUGGUGGGUGGAUUUGGGUUCUUGUAUGCUGCAGACGGUAUUGGAGUUAGGAAUACACUUUUAAUCCUUGGUGGAAUCAACUUCUUGGGAAUGAUGUUUACUUUCUUGGUGCCCGAGUCAAAGGGAAAAUCACUGGAGGAAAUAUCUGGUGAAGGUGAGGAAGAAAAUCAAAGUUGUCAAACUACAAGAGUCUAGACAAACUAUUCCAGCUUAAUUAGGCUUUCUUUAAAUGUAAUAAUCUUUAGCGUAAUCUGAUGAGUUGAUCUAAGUCGCUCAAGUAAACUAUGGUUAUACAAUAAGCUCUUGGUGAUGCUACUUUUUCUUCCCGCUUUGAACUGCUUGAUCUUUGGUAUAGUGGAAACUGUUCUAAAGUUCUCAUUGGAACUAACAAUGGUGCAACUAAACAAUAUAGAGUUGAGACUUUUCUAAGUAUCUUAUAGUAUAAAUGGUGGUUUCAUUUCUA